CCGAGUCGAGAUUGAGAGGAUGUUUGGGAAGGAUUUUCGUCCGUUAUCUCGGGAUCCGGGGAGGGAAGGCGCUGAUACCCGGCUAUCGGGGAGGAGCCGUCGAGGAGAGGAUUUAAACAGACGAUAAGGAAAGUGGAUGAUGGAGUCCUGCACGUAGAAGGACUUUCCCGAGUACCGGCCUUCUUCUGCCUUCUUCCGUAAUCGGCCCGCAGGAUCGUUCAGGUACGGGAUUCCGAGGAGGUCUUCCAUCUAUCCAGCAGCCAGCACACAUCGUCUUCAUAUCUGCGGGAUAGUUCAUUGGAAAAGAUAAAGGAGCGAUGACCCCCUCCUCGACUGUGCUCUAGAUCCAACGAGAAUGGGGUCGGAAGGAAAAAAAUGGCGCGAGAAGCUGAGAGACAGAAGCGUCCUGAUCGAAGGAACGAAUCCGCCGACUUACGUCCUUCCAUUUCAGCGUAUUGCAGAUGAUCGAUUUAUAUUGGGGGAAGAUCAACACGAUGGAACAUGUUUGAAUGUCCUCCUCCUCGGAUUGACUGGAUCAGGGAAAUCGAUGUUGGAGGAGGCGAUGGGGAAUUACGCCGUGGGAGUGGAGUUCGAGGAUCCCUUUCGGUUCCGGGUGAAGAGGGAGGAUGGACCCACCAAGAGGAUCACCUCGCACUCCUUCUUCGUCAGAGACACUCUAAGGCUCCCUAAUCCCGUCAACAUCAUCGACACGCCGGGCUUCCAGAAGGGGACGCCCGCGGACGACCAGAAGUUGAUCCAAGACAUUCGCGCUUUCAUCCAAAAUAUGAAAAUCCAUGCCGUCGUCUACGUCGUCCAGGGCUCUCAGGGGAGAUUGACGGCGGAGCAAAAGGUGGGGCUGGUGAACAUGGCCAAAGUCUUGGGAGAUAAGAUUCCUGGAAUCCACGAAAUUUCCUAUCUGUUUUGCACAUUCGCAGAUAGCAAACGCCUCCCAGUCCUAGAAGCCGUGAAAGAGGCGCGAUUGAAAUACAAGAAGUUUUACGUCGUGAACAGCUCCUCCUACUUCGCGAAGGAAGAAGAAAAUGGAUCUUCCUCCUCCGACGAGGAAGUGAAGAAGAAGAAACCGAAGACAAUGUCAAUCAACGAGUUGCUAUGGAAGAUGACGACGGAAAGCAUUCAAUAUUUCAUGAAGGAUAUUUUGCACCCGACUCCUCCCCCGCCUCCUCCCCCGCCUCCUCCCACGCCUCCUCCCACGCCUCCUCCCACACCUCCUCCCCCGCACCCUUGUCCCUGCUGUGUCAUUUGCUGCGAUUGGACUACCCGCAUGAGAUGCCUCCUUGCCCUCCUGGGCACAGAAAGUCUUGAGUGGGUUCCAUCACAUUCACUGGUCUUUGCCUGUCAUGAUUCUUUAGAGAUGCCGAAAGAGGCGCUGAGUGUUUCCUUCUUUUCAGGUCUUUACCUGUCAGGGCAAGACAUGAUGAGCUGCGGCCUGACGGGAGCGGCGAUUGGGGGUGUCCUCUGCGCGUCCAAGAUACUCGAGCGCAACCUCAUGAAUGAACUCAACCAACUCGCGGAGGCGAAGAUACGAGAAGGGAAAUCCCAGGAGGCCGAGGCCUCCAAAGGGGAAAGGAACGGAGCGACCAUGAACGGAUUGCACGGUUGA